AUGGUAAUAGCAGAAAAUGAUACCGUAAUUCUAUACAUAGACGAAGAUAACAUUAGUCUGGUAAAGUUAAAAAAUGAUGGAUCAACUACAAAUAAAAAAGGAAUUUUUUUACACAAAAAUAUUAUAGGGAAAGAAUAUGGAAGUAAAAUAUAUGACACGUUAUCUCGAAAUUUUAUAUUCGUAUUGAAAAAAACACCAGAACUUAUAGCAACAAGUUUAAAAAAAAAAACACAAACUUUAUAUGAACAUGACAUAUCAUUUAUUUGCUUAUUAUGUAAUGCUUUGCCUAAUAAAAAAAUAAUUGAAGCUGGUACAGGGACAGGGUGCUUAACAUAUGCAUUGGCAAACUGUGUAUUGCCUAAUGGAAUAAUUCAUACAUUUGAAUAUAAUGAAGAAAGAUAUAGAGAGGUUAAAAAAGAAUUUGAAGAUUUUGAAGAUGUAAUAAAUAACAUAAAGUUUUAUCAUAAAGAUAUUAUAAAUUAUAAUUUUGAAGAUUUUAAAAAUAAUGAAAUUGAUGCUAUUUUUCUUGAUAUGCCAAAUCCAUGGUUAUGUGUUGAAAAAGCUAAAAUUAUUUUAAAGGAAAGAGGUACUUUUGUUAUUUUUUUACCAUGUAUAGAACAGGUUUAUAAAAUAAUUGAGACAUUAGAAAAUCAUAAUUUUUGUGACAUUGAAACAUAUGAAUUAAUUAAUAACUCAUGGAAAAUUAUUUUAAAUAAUAAUAAAAAAAAAAAAAAUAAUUUAAAUAACCAAUUAGAAAAUUUAAACACAAAUCAAUCGACUCCUAUAAAUGAAAAUUCACCACAAACUUUAAAUAUGACAUAUCGAUUAUGUCAUAAAGAAAAUAAAACACACACUGGAUAUUUGAUUGUCUCCAAAAAACGACUAGAUGAUGAAAAUGAACAAAUGGAAAUUGAAUUUAAAGGUUUAAUAAAUCACCCAGAAAGUGCACACACAUGA